ACACAGCACUCUAUAUAUGUAUGUAUAGUCGAUUCGGGGCAGUCUUCGAAACCGAGCUUUUGCCACAUCCAAGAAAAAUUUGACCACAUGUAACAUGUAACAAACUUUCGAAAAUCACCGUGUAAUUCAAAGUAAAUCUCUAUACUGGGCUUUCGUUUCAGCACGAACCGCCUAUUGUAAUUUGUAAUUUUCAUAAAUAAAAACAAAAAUUGUACAAACACGUCCAUUUUGGUGGCUAGAGGGAAGUUUCAGCAUUCAAAUCUGCAAAGGGUAUCUCGGAGAAUCAAAAAAUCUCUGUAAGGGAGCUAACAGGGACCUAAAAAUCGUCUAAAGUACUGAAAACCGUUGGAAAGAGCCUAGAUUAGCCUAGUAAUACUCAGAAACGCGUCUACAAAGCUUUCUAGAGGUCGUAAAGAACUUAUUUAGUGGUUUUGACACACCUUGGGUCAUUUUGAACUUUCGGGGCCCGUAAAAAUGACACUCAGGAGGAGGGGCGUAGGAGGUGAAACAGAAUUUUGGCCCAUUUAAAGAUUACCCUAAUAUCACAACCAUUUUUUUAUACUUCUAGCACUGAACGACCAAACAAAAUCUAAAUCUCCAUUGUAAACGUACUUGGGAGCCCCCAGUUGAUAAACGGCAAAUGUCAACGUGUUUCUUAGUGCGACCCUGGCGAUUUCUAACGGUUAAAAUGAACCAAUCAAAUUCAAACGUGUUGUUGAUAUAACCUAUCUUUUCGAUCAGUCUGUAACGGUUUUUCUUGUGUUGAUUUUCAAAUAUGUCUCCAUAGAAAUGCUGCAGCUAUAACGAGCAAAAGUGAUUUUAAAGACAAUGGAACCCUCAAAGGAUCCGAUAAGUGCGCGAACAGCUCAACUAAACUCGAAUUUAUUAUCGACGAAAACCUCGAACAGCCGAACCAACUUGCUCAAUCGCGACGGUUUGUUGGACGCCCUAACGGUCUUAUACGACGAAAGCAACAACGACUGCUUGAAGAAGUUCGAUCGACACAUCGGCGAGUUCGUGACCAGACAUCGGGGGGUCGUGAACGAGCUGAGAUGUUUACGCGUUAACGUUUCCGACUUCGAGGUGAAGAAUGUGAUCGGGCGCGGACACUUCGGCGAGGUGUUCGUCGUGAAGGAGAAGCAAACCGGCGACGUUCACGCGAUGAAGAUGAUCAGAAAGUCGGACUGCCUGCGGCAGAAGCACAUCUCGUACGAGGAGGAGCGCGAUAUUAUGGUGUGCGCGAAGUCGGUGUGGCUGACGAGGUUGCAGUACGCCUUUCAGGACGCUAACAAUCUUUACUUCGUGAUGGAGUACUUCCCCGGCGGCGAUCUCUCGGGCCUGCUUCAAAGACAAGGGGGGACGGUUCCGGAAAGUGCAGCUUCAUUUUAUCUGGCCGAAUUGGUGCUCGCCGUGCACGAUUUACACACGAUGGGCUACGUGCAUCGGGACAUUAAACCGGAAAACAUCCUGCUGGAUCGUUGCGGGCAUAUCAAGCUGGCCGAUUUCGGUUCUUCUGCUCGGCUCGAUUCCCGUGGAUUUGUUAACGAAGGUGUUCCCGUAGGGACACCGGAUUACAUUGCGCCCGAGGUUUUACAGUGCAUGGAUUCCAAUGCGAAAAAAAUGGGCUAUCAGGUAAAUACUCGGUAACUUCUUUUAGUGUU